CCACCCCGGGACAUUUCAAUCUCCCUCAAUUUAUGGGGGCCCCUUUCUUGGGGGAGGGGUUGUUCAGUCACAAGCUCUAUCUGUGACCCCCACAUUCUCCUUCUGUCUCUCCUCCCUGCUGGAUUGUUUUGGGGUCCCCUCAGCCCAGGGCGGCCAGCCAGGUGCCCCCCCAUUCGCGCUCGAUACCCCCAGCCCUGACCAUGACCCUGCUGGCCUCCGAGCGCUCCAUGCUGAUCCGCAGCAAGUUCCGAUCCGUGCUGCAGCUGAGGAUGCAGCAUCGCAGAUCCCAGGAGCAGCAUCUCCUGACACCUCUGACCAAGCCUCCCCCGACCUACCUGGAGGUGAACGGGACCCCAGAGCAGAGCCGGGCCAACGAGACCCUGAAGGUGAAGGUCCAGACGAGAACCCACAAACUAGGAGCUGCCAAGGGCCAGUUCACAGAAGAGUCUGGGGGGGACCCCUCAGAGCGGAAGGAGAAGAAGACGCGUCUGGCCGAGGAUCUGAAGGAGAAACUCCUGCAACGGCCGGGGCCGCUGGAGCUCGUGACGAAAAACAUCCUUUCCCUGGACGCCAGCCUCAAAGAUGCUGUGAAAGCUGAUCCAGCCCCUGCUGCCCCUGGGACCUUCCUAUUAGACGAGGAUCUCAGCAGCUCUUCGUCGUCCUCCUCCUCUUCUUCCCCGUGCCUCACCCCCUGCCUGGGGGGGCCCCCCGGCAACCCAUCCCCCCCCUCGGCCUCAGGGGCCGCUGUCCAGCCGGAGCUGCUGUCGAUCCUGGAGUCCCUGCCCCCCUCGGUGCCUGCCCCGGACCCCAAUUCCCAGCCUCCUGCGGGCGGCCCCCCGGCUAAGGCCCCGGCCUCGCUGCCCAAGGCCCCCCCACGCCCCAAGAAGGCGAAGGACCCCAAGCCCAAGGUGAGGAAGUUGAAGUACCACCAGUACGUGCCCCCCGCGGCCCGGCCCCCCCGGGCCCCGGCCCCCCUGGACGCCGCCUACGCCCGCCUGGGUUCCCUCCUCUGCCAAGAAGACAUUCUUGGGGGGGUGGACCGGGGGCGUCCGUCUGUCCCCCCCCCACUGACACCCCCCUCACCCCCCCAGGUGUCAGAGCUCCGCCAGCAGCUGCGCCAGCGCGGGCAGCCGGUGUCGGGCACCAAGCCGGCCCUGCUGGAGCGGCUGAAGCCCUUCCAGGUGCGGGGGGCCCCGGGGCCGCCCCCCCCGGCCCUGCCCCCCGCCGACCGGGCGCUGAGGGAGAAGCAGCGGCUCAUUGACAGCCUGACCUGGGAGCUGCGGCGGGAGCAGCAGGAGGCCGACGACCUGCGGGAGGAGCUGCAGCUGCACAAGUGCCGGCGAGGCCGCCCGGAGGGGGAGCCCCUGCCCCCCUCGCCCCUGGCCAGCCACGGCCCCCAGCCCUCCGCCGGGGAGACCCCCGAGAGCACGGCCCCUGGGAGAGAGGGCUUCCUGGUUUUCUGCCCCCCUUCCUGUGAGCCAAUCGGGGAGGACCUAGAACUGCCCCUGCAGAUCACGGCCAGCCCCGCCCCAGCCCCCCGCUCCCUGGAGGAGGAGCUGCAGGAGGCCAUCCAGAAAGCCCAGCUGGUCCCAAGUCAGUCAAUUGAAGACAUCCUGGAGGAGCCGCUGGGGUGUGCAGGUGACCUGCUCCCCACGGAUGCCCCCUUGCUGCUCCCCACGGAGCCGCGCCGGCCCCCCUCGCCCCUCAGCCAGCAGGGGGCGCCCAGCAAGAAGCCCCGUCGCAGCCCGUCGGCAGCGGCCAUCUUGGAUUUCCCCGGCCACUACGACUUCCUCACCCCUCCCUCCUCCUCCUCCUCGUCCCCCUCGGACUCCCUGCGCGGGGUCUUCUCCCCGGAGCCCCCGGAGGGGCCCCCGUCGCCCGGCCCCCGGCCCGCCUUCGACCCCGUCGAUUGGCUGGAGGCCUUGACGGCCGGCCCGGCCUCGGGGCUGGGGCCCGGCGCCCCCGGCGGCAGCAGCAUCUUCUCCACUGACUUCUUUGACUCGCCCGAACUGAGCGUCAACCACAUGAUUGACCUGAUGGUGGAGCAGUGGUAGGGGGUGCGGGCCCCCCUGGCCCGGCCAUGGGGAGCCCCCCACCGCCACCCCAGAGACGCCAACCUAUCACACCAAUGCGGGCGCCAUCUUGGAUAUGCGACGUCAACUCCGGGCACCAUCUUGCAUGACUGGACCCAUUGUUCGGAGUGAUGUCAAUCCGGGCGCCAUGUUGGAUGGGUGGAACCAUUGUUCAGGGUGACAUCAACUCCAGGCGCCAUCUUGGAUGGGUAGAAGCAUUAUUCUCGGUGACGUCAACUCCCGGCACCAUCUUGGAUAGGUGGAACCCUUAUUUGGCAUGACCUCAAUUGCAGGUGUCAUCUUGGAUAUUUGGAACCAUUACUCCAGGUGACAUCAACUCUGGGUGCCAUCUUGGAUGGGUGAAACCAUUGUUUGCAGUGACGUCCACUCUAGGUGCCAUUUUGGAUAGGUGAUAUCAAUUCCAGAUGCCAUCUUGGAUGGGUGAAACCAUUGUUUGGGGUUGACAUCAGCUCGGGAUGCCACCAUUGAUUGGUGAAGCUAACUGGAAGCUAUGUUGGAUGGAUGAAGUCAUUGCUUGGGGAUGAUGCCAACUCCAGACACCAUCUUGGAUGGGUGAAACCAUUUUACUGGGUGACAUCAACACUGGAUGCCAUCUUGGAUGGAUUAAACCAUUGCUGUUUUGGUUGUCAGCCCCAAGGGGCAUCUUGGAAGGAUCAAACUGUUGGUGUUCAGAGUGAUACGGUGGGUGGCUGCCAUCUUAUGUAAGUCAUACCAUAAGUGUUCAGGGUCACAUCAGCUCCAGCUGUCAUCUUGAAUGGUUAAGCCAUUGUUUGGGGGUGAUGCCAGCUUCCACCACCAUCUUAAAUGGAUCAGACCACUGGUGUUUGAGUCACGUCAGCUCCAAGUGCCAUCUUGGAUUGGUCCAGUCAUUGGUGCUUGGGGUGAUGCCAAGUCCAAAUGCCCUCUUUAUUUGGGCCGUACCAUUUAAUUGGACCUGAAUGUUUCAUUGGCAGGUGGAAGGCAACUCCACCUGUGGGAUGCCAUCUUGUUUGGGACAUACCACCUUUGACUCCAGUGUCUUACUGACCAGAGGGGAGGCUGUGGAAACCAUCUUAGUUUGGAUUGUACCAUCUUUGGACCUAGCUGGGUUGGGAGUGGAGUGGCCAACUCUAGACACCAUCUUGGACGGAUCGUACCAUUUUUUUUAACCUCUUGUUUUACUGGCAGAGGGGGGUGGGGAAUGAUGACUGUAGACGCCAUCUUGGUUGGACUGUACCAUCUCUGAGCCUAGUGUUCUAUUGGGGGCUGCCCCACUCCCGCUGCCCCCCCCCCCCGGCCCUUUUCACUCUCCCCCCACUGGGACCGGGUCCUCCCCUCCUCCCAGAGCCCUUCACCCCCCUCCUCCCACCCAGGCUGCCCUCCAGCUCCUGGCCUCCUCCCAUUUACACCCUGUCCCCCCCACCCCCACUCAUCACUGUGCCCUGCCUGAUAAUUAAGGUGGGGAGUCUCUGACCACUGGUGAGGGGGCAGCUCCCUAAGGGGGCUGAACUAGUGGGGGAG